AAACAAAAUCCAUUGCAUACAUAAACGCAAAUAAUAUCCAAUUAAAUACAAAUUUUGAUAACUCAGUAAUAAACUGUUCCCACGUACAAAUCACUACAAAUAUCUUCAACUACAUUCCUCUAGCUUUUCUUGCAUCUUCAAUCACAUUCUUUAGAGGCUCAAGCAGGAUAGCUAAAUCAUAGCUUGCGGUAUGUGAAUCAUAGCUUUGGGUGUAACAUAUCAACCCGACCACUUCUCCAUUUGAAUAAAAAAUUGGAGCUCCAUGUGAACCAUCUUCCAAACCAUGCAUAUUGUCAAUUUAAAUGUACUUCAGUUUGUUGUCGAGGGGGAUAUCAUGCUCCACAUGGUAGCAAGGAACAUGACGUGUUGUAAUGCUAGUUUGAAUAACUUCACUCAUUACAAAACUGUAAUUCCAUUGGUCAGAAUGAGAGAGUGUAAAAACAUUCUGCCCCAUGCCUAAAGAUUUGCUAUCCCUAAAUUUCCAAAAGUGAAAAGUGACAUCUUUUGCUCCCUUCACUUUUAAAAUCGCUAAAUCUUUACCCUUGUCCAUAUGAAGUAUCUCUGCCUCAUGAAUAUCUUUAUCACCUCCUUGUCGAAACACUCUUAUUGUAAAAUCAGGAUGAGCAAGUGUAAGCACGUCAAAAUAUGCCCUUUCUCAUUUAUCACCACACCGGCCCUUCGAGUGUCUGAAAUGAUGGGUUCGGAUAACAUUUUAUUUUCCUCCUCGUUCUCCAAAUUGGCCCAAUACAUCUUACUCGAAGUUCCCUCACAACAAUGGCCAAGUCUCUUACUUGAACCGUCAAACUCCAACAGCUAAAGCACUAAUGCUUCAUCCACUUCCUAGCUCAAAGGAAUACCCAACAACAAACUCCAACUUCAACUUUUCCUUCCACAAAAUUCCACAAACCCCAUUGAAUAACCAAUGCACCUUCGAACACAAUUACAGAAACAUCUCAAACCUUCUUCUCUCUCUAACCCUAUCAAGAACUCUCCCUAAGGGCCUUCAACUCCAUGCCCACAUCAUCAAAACAGGAUUCCAAGCAAUCCCACUGAUUUCUCACUACCUCAUCAACUUCUAUUUGAAAACCCAACUCCCACUUGAUUCCCGCCAACUUUUCGAAGAGACUCAAGUGAAGUCCUUCUCUACUUGGAGCUGUCAUUUCUUGUUUUGCUCAAAAUGAGCUUCCUUUGUUAUCUAUUGAAUUCUUUCGCCCAAUGCUUGAUUGUAGUUUUCGGCCCAAUGACCAUAUAUUUCCUAGCGCCAUGAAAGCUUGUGGGAUGCUUUUGUGGUGUGAGUUUGGGAGAUCAGUUCAUUGUAUUGCUUUGAAGAUCAGGUUUGAUGGCGAUGUGUUUGUGGGGAGUUCUGUAGUUGAUAUGUAUGCGAAAUGUGGGGCGAUAAGAGAUACACGGAAAGUGUUUGAUGGUAUGCUGGUGAGAAAUGUAGUUUCUUGGAGUGGAUUGAUAUGUGGGUACACGCAAUUGGGUGAAGAUGAUGAGGCAUUGAGGCUUUUUAAGCAGGCAUUGUGGGACGAUUUGGAUGUUAACGAUUUUACUUUUUCAAGUGUGAUACGGGUUUGUGGCAAUUCUACCCUUCUUGAAUUGUGAAAGCAAA